AAAAUGCGGGCAAUUAUUUCGGUUGCUAAGUCGAUUCUGGGCAAUCGACGUGGCGACGACGAGAGUCUCUACACUGGCGCUGGACCUGCCGGAUCGGGAGCUUCCCACUCGUUUCGUGUCUAUAUUCAUGGAAAUCGCAAGAAAAAUGAGCUCGUUCAUGCCUGGCUUCGCGUGACCCGAACCACAAUCACGCUGGAGAUCUCGAAAAAGGAAUGCCUAGUAUGGCCGCUGCCACUGAUCCGCCGAUACGGAUACACUUCUGCCGGAAUUUUCUUCUUCGAAUCUGGAAGACGGUGCGAGUCUGGAGAGGGAAUGUUCACGUUUCAGAGCAAAAAAGCUGAUGAGAUAUUUCAGCUCAUCCAAUCACUGAUAGAAGAGUUCGCCAACACGUCAAUGGAGAAACAGAAUAUGGAAAAUAGUUUCCGGUACCAGCGACAGCAAUCCGUACCGAUCAGCUCUCGGAGAAUGUCAAAUACGAGUAAUACGUCAUCGGUUUUCGGCCUGAAGUACUCAUCGCCUCCACUGAUGCCUAUCCCAUCGGCUCGUGACCGUAAUUCGAAUACAUCGCUCGCCUCGAAUUUUUCAAUUCGAAACGGGUCUCACACCGUCCGUCCGAUGCCUUCCUCAGUUCAGAGAUUCCGAAGUGAAGUUUUUGCAGGAAUGAAUUCGGAAGUGCUGACGUCAUCGAUGAACUCGUCGGGAUUCAACGACUCGAUCGGCUAUCACUCGUAUCACAGAUCUUCGUUUGAUCCCAGGAGUGGAAGGAUCAAUACGCCGAUGCGGCCGAGAAGCGUCACCGACACAUCAGACUACGCGGACGAGUCAUCAUCAUACGGAUAUCCCAGCAGUCAUCACCAUCAUUUGCCACACGACAGUUUCCACGCAUUGAAUAAUAGUGUUGGAAUGGGCGGUGGUGGUGCCACACGUGGAAGCAAACUUCUCGGCAAUAUUGUUACGGAACGCACAAAUCCAAAAGCCUCCGGGAUUUCCAAUGGAAUUCUGCCACCUUACAUUAAUAUUUCACCAAAAGAAGUCCCCUCCUCAUCCCGACACCACUACUACGCCGCCACGUCAUCAUCAUCAAUGACAGCAUCGGCGGCUUCUGAAGUGUCGGCUGCACUUUCAGCGAUGAAUCGUGACAUUUCCUCUGGCUCCGGCUCUUCCACGGCUGCUUCAGCCACCGCCACCACGUCAUCAAAACUGCCACGUUGCACGCCACCGCCCGUCUCGAACCGGCAGCUAAAACGGUAUGCAAUGGUACCGGGAACAUCCAUGUCGAAGCGUCGAAUCUCACGGGAAGACGCGAAACGGGCGUUCCUGUCGAGUGAUCCACGUGUCGGACACGUCAUUGAUGAUCCGAGAUAUGCGGCUGUGAAUGUGGAGGCUGAUGAGAAUUAUGCGAAUUUACGCGAUAUUCAGACUGACAAAAUCAUGCGUGGAAUCGACGUGGAAACCCUCACCAACCUACACACAACCACUGAACCAUCUCCCCCACUGCCACGUCAUCACCAGAUUCAGGCCUCCACCACCGCCGGUGCCACGUCAUCAUCAUUAUCUGCUGCUGCUGGAACAAGAGGAACACUAAAACCGUCGAAUGGCCUAAUGACCGCCCGUGCGGCGACGGCUUCUCCCCUGCCACGUCUCAACUAUGCACAAAUUGUUCCGGUGCAUGAUGAUGGAGUUGUGCCGGAUAGGGAGAGCCGAUGCUCAUCGGUCGGCCGCUUCUUCGACAUCAACUACGCUCAAAUGGAUGCGGAUCGGACACAGGCUUUGAAGGGAACACUCCGACAGAAAAAGGAGUGAUUAUCGAUUAAUUCUGUUAUUUUUAUCGAUUUUAUUUUAUUUUUUAUCCUAUUUUUCCGUCCCACACCCAGUCUUACAAAAAAAACCGAAAAUUACGAUUUUUUCUGAGAAAAAACCGCUAAAAAAUCGAAAAUUAUCGAUUUUUUCAGAAAACGAAUUAUCUGAAAAUCGAUGAAAUUUGAAACAAAAAAGUUUGACCACAGCUGGGUGUCGAAUCCCGGACCUAUUGCGUACCAGUCAUACCUCUUACCGACUGCGCCAAAAGUUCAAGAUUUUGAAAAUUUUCCAAAAAUCGAUUUUUUCUGUAAUCACCAUGUUCUGGCAUCUUAAGCAGUGCCGAAAAAUCUGAAAUUUUCGAUUUUCUACAAAAAACAAGAAAAAUUUUAAAAACGCCAAAAAAUCGAAAAGUUUUGAUUUUUUUGUUUCGAACAAACCGGUAUUUUAUUGUUGAAAAUUCGAACAUUUUUGAUUUUUUCUUUGAAAAAUCGAUUUCCCCCCCCCCCCAGUGACACUGCACUAUUUCAUGUAAAUACGGAACCCACGCACCAGUCUCCUAAAAUAAUAUCUAUUUGUUCUUCUAUUUUUACCCAUAUUUCUAUAUAUUUUUCUACCACCACACCCCAACAACAUCGCCGUCUCUCUCUCUCUCAAAAACCCCAUCAAAAAUUUAUUGGCUUCCCGUAGUUUUUGAUCCCCGAAACCUCCCUCUCCAAAGUGGGGCGUGGUCUCGGCGGCCCCGCCCCCAAAUGUCCACCAAUUCGUUUGUUUCAUCCUUUUUUAUCGCCAUCCCCCAACCAGUUUUUUGUCAACGUGUAUCAUUUUUUUGAUUUUAUUGCCACGUCAUCACCAUCUCCUCGAUUAUUGAUUUUUUGAGAUUUUUAGGAGCCAAUUUUUUGUGCUAUAUAUUGAACUCUGAUAUGAUGAAUGAAUUAUUUGAAUUGGC